GCUUCGCCGAAUUCCCGCGAGGGCUGCCCGCUCCUACCGCCGAGACCUCAUGGUCUCCUCCCACAAGCUGCAGCAGCGCAGCUACAUUGUCGUACCCUUGGCCAAAGUGUCGCCGACGAUGACCGGUGGCCGCAUCACGGCCUGGCAAAAGGACGUCGGCGCGUACGUCGACUGUUACGACCUCUUGUACGAGUUUGACGCGCAAGGCGUCACAGACGACGACGCUUCGUCUUCUGUCAAGAUGGAAGUCGAGUGUUGCGACGAAGGUUUCCUCGCUGUCGUCUUUGACCCUCUUCCUGCUGAGCCAACAUUGACGUGUCGACCCAUGCUUGCACCCGAUACACCUGUCGCGCUCCUGUGCGAAACAGAAGACGAAAUGCGUACGGUCCAAGCGCAGUUUGCAGCGUCGUCGGCCGUGCGACCAGCUACCGACGCGCAAGUCAUGACGUGGCAUGCGUACCUGCGCGACCCGCGCCCCUCGGACCCCAACUCGUGCUGCAGCUAGUGCAUCGGCGGCUCUCGUGUCGCCGCAAGCAGCGAUCUCGCCUUGUCUUGCCGAAUAAAAUCGUGCACGAGCGGAUAGACCUACCGUGCGCUUGAUGCCCUU